GUUUUUUCCCGAGCAAAACGUGCAACCGAUGCACAAGCUAGCACAGCCUGGUGGGGUACUGCCAAGGCCCCAAGCGCCAACAUUCACCACUGCUGACGGCUCAAGUGCAUGUGCUCACCAGUGGCACAUCCAGCAGUCAAGUGACUGAAAUUAAGACCUGGAGGUCUGCCAUAUCCAUGAUGUCCAUGUAUCUUUGGGCCGCAGCAUGGCUGCUGCAUCCAACCUUGGCCAUACGAGCAGUGGAUGAUGUGGAUGAUGAGGUGUCGGUGUCAGUGGACCUGGAGAGACAUGUGGCCUGGAAUCGGCCAGGGAUGGUCAAGGAGCCAACCAUGGACCAGCUGCCAGGUCCGUGGAAGGACCGCUUGAGCAAGGUGCGUGUGCUGGGCUCUGGCAGUUUUGGUACUGUCUACCAGUUGCGUGCCACCUGCGAUGCUACGAACGAAGAGUUUGUUUCUUUGAAAUUGAUGGCAAAGGAUCGCGAUGCUUAUAAAGAGGUUAAGAACAUGCGUAGAAUGCAGGGUGCACACUAUGUCAUCUCCACUGUGGGGAAGCCAGAUUAUGUCGAGACACCUGACACCAUGGACAUCUUGAUGCCUUAUUUGAAUGGAGGCGAUAUGCACGACCUAUGGAAGAAGUGUAUGAAGACGAAAGGAUGUGUGUCGUGUGAGAAAGGCAUGUGCUGGGAUCAGUUGGGUCCUCCCUAUAGCAACGCAUACAUCUUGGCACUCUUCUAUCAGGCCACUUUGGGCGUCCAGGAGAUUCACAGCAAGGGCUUCGUUCACAUGGACAUCAAAUCAGAGAACAUCAUGCUGAACUGCAUUGACCAGAAGUGUUUUGCGCAUGUGAUUGACUUGGGCUUGAUGGGGCCCCGUGGUGCGUGUAAUCUGGGCGGGACUCCAGGCUACAUGGCUCCUGAAAUCUGGAAGGUUAUUGUCAGCAAAUCAGGGAAGCUUUGGAAAGAGAUUGGGCAAGGCCAGCCUCAGAACGAUGUCUAUUCACUGGGCGUGGUCCUCUAUGAGUUGGCACACCCUGGGAAGCAGCCUCCUUUCUAUAGCGAUCGGGCUGCUCAUCGCAUCUCUACGUAUGACCCCUCAACGGAUCCGGUGCUGUCUGGCCCCGAGCAAAGUGAGCUGGACCGUCUGAUCAUCAGCACCUUGGGGUCGAAGUCCUCCGGACAGCGACGGGUCUAGAGGACCCGAGACCGGUCGCUGUUCGGAUGGAUCACAGGGAAUCGGUGUACCAAGGGGGUUAAGCAUCUUCCCCGUGAGAUGCUUGGACUUGUUGUAGAGUUAGGUGAGAACAGCUGCAGAAAAAAGCAACACCAUCAUAUUGUGGCCACCAUUGUGUGAGAACAGUUGUGCAUGUAAGGACGACUGAUAUCACCUUGGUGUUAGACAAAUGGUCGAUGUCCCAUGACUCAUUUGCUUGUUGUUCCACGAAACUCGUGUGGAUGCUUUGCGUCGAGGAUGGAGGAGGAGAUCGAGCUGUUCAGAGAUCGAUUGUUGUGUCUUUUCUCCCAUGUUUCUUCCAUGCCAGUGAGGAACAAAAACAACAAAACACAUGUCUUCUGGCCCCCUUCUUCUGGGUGGGCUUGGGCAUUUUUGCGCACCGAGAGUUACAUUUAUAACUCACCGAGGCAUGUUGAAUCCCGAUCACGAGACGCGCAUCGGGACCGCCGAGAUCCUGCAGCGUUUGAUGGGAUAUUUGCUGACGAUGCCCGACUUCACGCCGGAGAUCAUUGAGAUGAUCAGCCUCACACCACAGGCCGCCCAUGGAGAGGUGCCCUUGCCCAAAUGCCUUUGGUCUUGGCACCGGCCGUUGCCCGACAUCGGCGACCAAAACUUCACCCGCAACGCCUGCGGCGACGACUCCACCGAAGCGACGGAAGCGACGAGUGACGGCGGGUCGACGGCGGAGAAGGUUUGUCAAUGCCAUGUGCUGCGUAAGGGCACGGUGGUCCAAGAGGAGUUCCAAGCACCUGAAUGCCUGUGAGUGAGGCAGCAUCAGAACGCAGCAUCAGUAGCAGCAUCCAGCCCCCAGGGGUCGCGGGCAAGCCAUUGGGUUGCCCAAAAGAGGCGAAGAGCUCACCGAAGAAUGCCUUGGAACCAUAUGAUCCGUGGCUCCAAUGCUUGGUUUGUCGCAUACAAAUUCAGUUUGAACCAGCCAAGCGUUUGACUCCAGAUGUUGUUUUACGCAUUUGCCGGUGGGAUUCGGGAAGGUUUUCAGCACACUCCUUCAGACCGAGACCAACUGAAGAGGCAUCUCGAAAAAUGCCUGAAGUCCCGAACCAGGCUUUGGCUUGCGGAUCGGGUCUCAUGGACCUGUAGCUCUUUGAGAAC